GGGGCGGGCGGGCCCGGGACACCGCCUCGCCUGCGCUGCCGGUCCCCCCGCCCCGUCCCGUCCCCUCAUGGCGCUGCAGCGGACGGGCGCCGGCCCCUCCCGCCGCCCGCUCCGGCCUCCCCCGCCCCCGUCUCCUCUUGGCUCACCGCUCCCGGCGGGCCUGUGAGAGGGACCCCACGGCAGAAACCUAACUUGGAAAUACUUAAGAAGUGAAUGCCUGUGGAUUUUGGAGUAAGAUUGGGAGUUUAUAUGGAAGAAAUGCUGCGACUGUUCUCAAACUCUCUUACAGACUGAUUUCAAUUGUUGCAUCAUUUUUUGUUGAGUAUAAGAAGUUCUACUCCUCAUUGAUCAAUGUGACAGUGUUUAGUGGUUUACGAGAUGAGCCAAACUCGUGGGAAGUAUGACUUCUGUAUUGGUCUGGUGUUGGCUAUGAGUUCCAGCAUUUUCAUUGGAGGAAGUUUCAUCCUGAAAAAGAAGGGUCUCCUCCGGUUAGCCAGGAAAGGCUCCAUGAGAGCAGGUCAAGGUGGUCAUGCAUACCUUAAGGAAUGGCUGUGGUGGGCUGGACUUCUUUCAAUGGGAGCUGGAGAAGUAGCGAACUUUGCUGCCUAUGCUUUUGCACCAGCUACAUUAGUGACUCCUCUAGGGGCUCUCAGUGUUCUUGUAAGUGCCAUUCUGUCAUCCUUCUUUUUAAAUGAAAAGCUCAAUUUACAUGGAAAAAUAGGAUGUUUGUUAAGUAUACUGGGAUCAACUGUGAUGGUAAUUCAUGCUCCACAAGAGGAAGAAGUAGAAACUUUGGAUGAAAUGUCCCACAAACUAGGUGAUCCAGGUUUUGUGGUGUUCGCAACGCUCGUUGUCAUUGUGUCUUUAAUUCUAAUAUGUGUGGUGGGACCUCGCCAUGGACAGACCAACAUUCUUGUGUACAUAACAAUUUGCUCUGUAAUUGGAGCCUUAUCAGUCUCCUGUGUCAAAGGUCUGGGCAUUGCUAUAAAGGAACUUUUUGCAGGAAAACCAGUGCUGAAGCAUCCAUUGUCUUGGAUUCUGCUGCUAAGCCUUACUGUCUGUGUGAGCACGCAGAUCAACUAUUUAAACAGGGCUUUGGAUAUAUUCAACACUUCAAUAGUGACUCCAAUAUAUUAUGUAAUCUUCACAACAUCUGUUUUAACUUGUUCUGCCAUCCUUUUCAAGGAAUGGCAACACAUGGCGGCUGAUGACAUUAUUGGCACCUUCAGUGGCUUCCUGACUAUUAUUGUGGGGAUCUUUUUAUUGCAUGCCUUCAAAGAUGUUAACUUCACCCUAGCAAACCUGCCCCUCUCUCUGUGGAAGGAUGACAGAGCAGCAAAUGGCACUUUGCUGAGCACAUAUGACAGCUUUAAUGAUGAUGAAGAAAGUUCUUCCUGCAUAGGUGAAAUGCAAUCCACUGAGAGUCUCUCAGCCAGAAGAAAUGGAAACCUGUCAGCCUUCUGAAAAUAUCUACGUGUUACUUAAGAAAAGAACAAUUCUGUAACCCUGGAAUUUUUUUUUUCCUGCUGUGAAAUGUCUGAGCUUGUCUGGAAAGUCAUGUACUUUUUAACAGUAUGUGUAGACAAUCGUUGAUUUUUGAGUUUGAUUAGUUUGGAUAAAGAACACGGAAAUGUUUUUUAUUUGCCUUACUUUUACUUUAAAAAGUACUAAAAUGACCUCAGACCACAAAUGGUUUUGUUGCUAAGUUAUGUGUAAAUACUUUCAUUUCUUUCUUCUGUUUUAAAGAUGUAUUGCACUAAUUACAAUUUUAUCAAAAAUAAAUGGCUUUAUUUCUGCAUCGGUGGUAAAAA